CACACACACACACACGCACACACAGAGACACACACACACGCAUACACUCUCACUCACAUACACACACUCCGCCCCCUCAACCUCCCUCCUUUUCAAAUUAUUAAUGUACGAAAUUCACCUUCAGCCUGCAGCAGUUUUCUUAGUUCUAAGGCAGAAAAUAAUCUCCAAUCUCCCUUAAAUAUCUUCAAUAAAGGAGUCUGCCUUUCACUCCCACACUGACACAGAUACACACACUCACUCACACUCACACACACACGCAAGCACACAACACUGCUGAUCACCCACUUCUUGCCUGCAUGCCCCCGAAUGCCACAGUCUCCGAUGCACGAAAUCCCCCUCUGGAAGACACGGCCACCUGUUUCGUGUUGAAGAAUGGAUUGCCUGUGUAUAGUCACGACGAAGAAAUAUCGGUACCAAGAUGAAGACACCCCACCCCUGGAGCACAGCCCAGCACACCUUCCCAAUCAGAUGAAGGGGCCAGAGCUUGUCCACGUUUCGGAGAAGAACCUGUCACAAAUCGAGAAUGUCCAUGGCUACGUGUCCCACUCGCACAUCUCCCCGAUGAAGCAGAUGGACCCGGCUGAGCUCUGUAUCUCGGCAAACUCACCUCCAGUGAUUGUGAACACCGACACCUUGGAUGCACCCCCUUAUAUCAAUGGUACAGAUGGAGAGAUCGAAUAUGAGGAGAUCACACUGGAGAGGGGGAACUCUGGUCUUGGAUUCAGCAUUGCAGGAGGCACGGACAACCCACACAUUGGAGACGACCCCAGUAUCUUCAUCACCAAAAUAAUCCCUGGUGGGGCAGCAGCUCAAGACGGCAGACUCAGGGUGAAUGAUAGCAUCCUGUUUGUGAAUGAUGUGGAUGUCCGGGAGGUGACCCAUAGCACAGCUGUGGAAGCACUGAAGGACGCUGGCUCCAUCGUCCGGCUGUACGUCAUGCGCAGGAAGCCGACAGCUGAGAAGAUCGUGGAGAUCAAACUCAUCAAAGGACCCAAAGGGCUUGGAUUCAGCAUUGCCGGAGGGAUCGGCAAUCAACACAUUCCAGGAGACAACAGCAUAUAUGUCACAAAGAUCAUCGAGGGUGGAGCAGCGCACAAGGACGGCCGCCUACAGAUAGGAGACAAGAUCCUGGCGGUAAACAAUGUGGGGUUGGAGGAUGUCAUGCAUGAAGAUGCAGUGGCUGCCUUGAAGAACACGUCAGACAUUGUGUACCUCAAGAUCGCCAAACCCACCAGUCUCUACAUCAACGAUACCUACGCUCCUCCCGAUAUCACAACCUCCUACUCCCAGCCCCUGGACACCGAGCUUGGACACUCAAACUACCUGGGCACAGACUACUCACAGACCCUCACCCCCUCCUCUCCACGCCGUUACUCGCCUGUGCCCAAAGGGUUGAUGGGAGAAGAUGACAUCCCACGGGAGCCUCGGAGAGUGAUGAUCCACCGUGGUUCAACAGGCCUGGGCUUCAACAUCGUGGGCGGUGAAGAUGGGGAGGGCAUCUUCAUCUCCUUCAUCCUGGCCGGUGGCCCAGCAGACCUAAGUGGGGAGCUCAGGAAGGGAGACCAGAUACUCUCGGUGAAUGGAGUGGACCUGCGGAAUGCCACCCACGAGCAAGCUGCUGCCGCGCUGAAGAACGCAGGACAGACCGUGACCAUCAUUGCUCAGUACAAGCCAGAAGAGUACAGCCGGUUUGAGGCGAAGAUCCACGACCUGCGAGAACAACUGAUGAACAGCAGCAUCGGCUCAGGGACCAGCUCACUGCGCAGUAACCACAAACGAGUCUUCUACAUCCGGGCCCUCUUUGAUUAUGACAAGACGAAGGACUGCGGCUUCCUCAGCCAAGCCCUCAGCUUCCACUUUGGGGACAUUCUGCAUGUCAUUGACGCCUCAGACGAGGAGUGGUGGCAGGCCCGCAAGGUGCACUCAGAUGGAGAGAGCGAGGAGAUCGGUUUCAUCCCCAGCAAGAGGAGGGUUGAGAGGAAGGAAUGGCCAAGACUAAAGGGCAAGGAACGGGACAUUCCUGGUGUUGGAGACGUGGGUCUACAAGGGAGCCGCGACGAUCGGGUUUUGAGCUACGAGGCUGUUGUACAGAUGGAAGUGCAUUAUGCUCGUCCCAUCAUCAUUCUGGGUCCCACCAAGGACAGGGUGAACGAUGACCUGCUCUCCGAAUUCCCGGACAAAUUUGGAUCCUGUGUUCCACAUACAACCCGGACCAAACGUGACUACGAGGUGGAUGGACGUGACUAUCACUUCGUAGCAUCUCGCGAGCAAAUGGAGAAGGAUAUUCAGAACCACAGGUUCAUCGAGGCAGGCCAGUACAACACACACCUGUAUGGGACCAGCGUACAGUCGGUGCGUGAGGUGGCGGAGCAGGGCAAGCACUGUAUCCUGGAUGUGUCAGCCAACGCAGUAAGGAGAUUGCAGGCAGCACAUCUUCACCCUAUCGCCAUCUUCAUCAGACCAAAAUCCCUGGAAAACAUCCUGGAGAUCAACAAACGGCUGACAGAGGAACAGGCCCGGAAGGCCUUCGAAAGGGCAGUGAAACUGCAGCAGGAUUUCACCGAGUGUUUCUCAGCUGUGGUUGAAGGCGACAGUUUUGAGGAGAUCUACAUCCGUUGCAAACACAUCAUUGAGGAGCAUUCUGGACCUUACAUAUGGGUCCCCUCCCGGGAGAGACUGUAGAACAUCCUCCCCUCACACCUCUCCCCAAUCCUACCCACCGCCAGGCUGACCAAUCUCACGUGUCCAUAACCUGCCCCUUCCCCAGAGCUUCUGAAGCCGCUAUUGCCUCCCGCAGGAUCCUCCCCGCCCCCCCCCCCAUGCACCACACAGUUCUUUUGUUCUGUCACUUGUUCCAUUUCCAGGAUGGAGAGUCAAGGGAAAAAAGAUGGAAAUUUUUGUCAAAGAAUGGAAGAGGCUGACGGCCUCACGUGUGACCUAUUAGUUUCUGCUCUCUCCACGAUGACCGCUUCAUGCAUGCUUCAUGUUAAAAGCAAGCAAACAGCAAGGAUCCGAUGAAGCAGCUUCACCCUGCGUUGAACGAGGAGCUGCAUUUGCCUAGCCUGGGCUGUGGAUAGCACAGACUGUGGCUCGCUGUCUGGGUGACUGUAAAUAAUUUACUUAUUUAACUGAAGAACAUACACAUGCGAGUGAAAUGAAACGGCAACAAGAUCUGAAAAUUUAUUGCGUUCCAUUCUUUUCUGUUCAUCCCCUGUGUGCCACCUGCCUGUGUCCCAAAGACAGAGGAAACACCACAAACUUCAGAAAAACUAACUUUUAAGGAGCAAGUGGAUUCAGAGAGGCUUCCAUCCAAGGAGCAAGGCUCUGUGCUCUCUGGCUCACUGUCGCACCCCGUGAGAAUCGAGAUUUUCCUCUACGCCUGUGAUGAAACAUGGCCAUUUGCCCCCUCCCCGCCGGCCUUGGGAAGAAUGGGCCACCACUGCAUGGAGACCGUGACUGUGCUGUCCGCCUGCUUCCUUCACUCUCUUUCACUGCUCUUACCCUACAACAGUCGUGUUUCGACCGUGUUUUCUUUAGUUGCUGGGACCCUCAACCUCUGUUCCCUUCCCAAUUAUGUGAUGAAACAGGCCUGACAGGCACAUGCAGAGUUAAUUGUCGAGUGGUUUAGGGGGCUGCUGAUCUUUCAUAUCCCAGCACUCGAAUCGUAUUACUGUCGGUUGGUUUUCUGUGUGAGACUAGGCUAUGGGUUAGUGGGUAGGGAGUGGGGUGGUUGGGUGAGUGGGGAAGUGCUUCUCGAUGUUUCCAUCACUGCUAAAAUCUGGAUUUGGAAUAUUGACUUGGAGGAGUUAGUGUGGACAGGUUUUGGAUUCCCAACAGAGCAAAGGUAAUCUCUUUCUCAGUCCAGGCAACUUGACCUCAUAAACUCUCCGAGACCCAGGCAUCCACGGCAGCUUCUGAUUUAGUAUGGUCUCCAGUACCUCUCUUUAGGAAAAUGCUAAGUAUUUGGGGUACAGCCACUUUGGGGUAAGGAAAGGUGUCCUCUCAGUCUGAAGAGCUGUGACACUACCCCCUGUCAUUGCCCUGUGAAUCACUUGCCCCCUGUUGAGGGCUGGUUGCCAGGAUCUCUCUCCUGUCACAGGCCUUUAACUAGAUGCACCAUCUUCUACUAGUGGGAUAUUAGAAGGGAGGGAACAGUUUACAGGCUGUGUACCUCCCCUACCUCACUUUUCCAUGUCACCCAGACUUUCCUCUGGCCUUCUGAGCAACUACUCUUUAGACGGAGGAGCCAGGUUGUCUCCUGGAGGGGAGGGAAGACAGGGAGACACAGGAUCUGGGAGUCCAGCAUUAGAACUUGCCCAGGAGACCCACACUCAAAGUUUCAGGUUGACUGGGGUCACCUGUGACAAUGAACUGCUGGGAAAUGAGGAUUUUGUGGAAGAGGAGGUUGAAAGCCUGGGGGGGGGGGGGUGCUCAUGCCAGCCAGCCCUGGGGCACAGGGUCUCCCACAGGUAACUAUUUAUCACUAACCCCACAGUGUUGGCUUCGGAUGGCUCAGAGUGGGGCAGGAGUCAGCGGUUACCACAUGGACUUCCACACCCCACCCUCCACCCAAUCCCAAAUCCCCCUGGUGUGCUGCGAUUCCUACAGGAGUGAGUUUCUGGGGUCUACAAGCAUCUGACCCAUGAGGUGUUUCAGUAAAUGGAUUCUGAGGCUCCCAAGACGGCAGAGCCUGAGGAUAACUUGUCCCACCCAACCUCUCCAUUGCCCACCUGACAAGGAGAUUCAGUACCCAGCAGAUCAGAAACUGGGCAUAGAUUGGGCAUGUGUGGUUUGCAAAACUGCUGUCAUCGAUUCCUCCCCUGAAUUAGCUGUGAUCAUCCCACCUGUGAUGUUAUGAUGGACUGGAUGCUAUUGUAAGUGAGUGAACAAAGUUAUAAAAGUUUUAUUUUAAAUGUUUGUCAAAGUCCCACAUCUGUUUUACAACUGACUCUGUGCUCUUGUCAUUCUUGAGAAAGUAACCAAGAUGGGCUAGUGGCUGUGGGAGGGGAGGGAUUGAGUAACUCAGAGAUCUGAGAUUGUUCUGAUUGAUCAUCUUGCUUUUAAAAUCUCAUCCUCAGUAGAAAUCAUGAACCCACUAGAUUGUACAAAGCUGUCUUGCCCAGUAUGGACCAUCCUUGUGUUCAAACCAACCAGUGGUUCUGGCACUAAAACAUCAUCUGAAAUGGUCAGUGAGAUACUUUACUCAGGAUCAGAAGGGACUGGCAGUAUCUGAUACCUCAUCUAGUCCCCUCACUCAAAAAAAGUACAGUAAAGAAAAACCUACUCUGUGGCUAAUCCUUUGCAUCAAACUUGUCUUUUCUCUCUGGUGCCACCAUGUGACAGGAUAAUGUAGAGGGAGCUUCACUGUGAUGAGAUGAUGUACAGUGAGAAUCACUCUUUGUUUGAUCUCAGAGUGUGAGAGAGGAUAAUGUACAGGGAGCUUAACUUUGUGACUGACCUCAGGAGUGUGUGAUGGCACAAAGUUAAGCUCCCUCCACACUGUCCCAUCACACACUCCUGAGGUCAGACACAGUGUGGAGGGAGUUUGUGAUCUGAUGGUGUAGAGGGAACUCUGAUUUGGUCAAGGGUUGUAAGAAAGCUUAUGGAAUAUUGGCUUUUAUUAGUUGGGGGAUUAAGUUCAAGGGCAGGAAGUAAUGUUGCAGUUCUAUAAAACCCUGGAUAGACCAUAUUUGGAUUAUUCUGUUGCUUCAUCAUAGGAAGGAUUUGGAGCUUUAAAGAUGGUGCAGAGGAGAUUUCCCAGGAUGCUAUAUACAUAGAUCUGUUAUCAAUGGAGAUGGCAUAGAGAGAUCACGUUGAGGUUAUUCACCACCCAGGGAUUAAAAUGAUGAAACAGGAGGCUGAAAGGGAUUCUGGAGCCCCAUUCCUACAUCACUGAAGAAUUGUUAGUGCAGGGAACAUAGAUGAGUCGCCAGGAGAAACACCCAAGAUGAUGGAGAAACUCAAUGGGUCAAGCAGCGUCUGUGGGGGUGGGGGGCACUAAAGGAACAGUUGACAUUUCAGACAGAAACCUUGAAUCAUCCAGUGCCAGGUUUUGACUCAAAACAUUCGCAAAUCCCUCAGCUGAUUCAGGUUUUCAACCUAUAAUAUCAACUCUCCCUUCCACCACAACAGAUGGACAACACUGAGUUCCUCCAGGUUCCUGUAUCUGAAGUCCCCUGUAUCUCAGUUUAACUUUAGUGUCAGCAAGUCAUUGGAAUGUACUCUAGGAUGGAAGAUAAAUCGUUCAAAUUCAUUUAACGUAGUUAAAUUUGUCAGUGUAGAUUAGACUAACAGAAUUCUUUUAUGUGGGUGCUGAUAUACCUAAGGGAUUGAUGUGAAAGUUCUAAUGAGCUCCUGAAAUGAUGUGCUGACAUUGGAGAGAUUCCAGGGAAGUUUCAUGAGAAUGAUUCUGUGAAUGAACUGCUUAAUACGUGAGGAGCAUUUGAUGACUCUGGGCCUGUACUCAUUAGCACUUAGAAAAAUGAGGGGGGUAAUCGCCUGUGCUUUCUGUCCCUGGUGGAGAGGUUCCAGGCCAAGUAGAUAAGGUGAGUGAAAACUGCAUUUUAUUGAUGGUGAGAGUGAAUGUUUGCAAGAAGCCAACCAAUC